AUGUCGAGCGACGCGAGCUCGAUUGGACGCGUUCUGAGUAUACCGUCCACGCCUCGGUCGAACAACGGACGAGAUAACGCGAACGACGACUUGAUCCUGCGAGAAGGGGAGGAGUUGGGCGAGCGCGUUGGAUCCGCGUCGCCGACGAGCGGGUCCACCAAAGCGGUGCGAAAUGGAGGAAAGGGCGUCGUGCACCCCAGAGACGAUGAAGACGUGUCAGAGAGCUCGAGUAGUGGGGCGACGUACACGGUUGUUGACACGCUCGGGUCGGGAACGUUCGGACAAGUCGUGAGUGUUUCGUCCAGUGUAGACGGGAGCACUCUUGCGCUCAAGGUGAUUAAGAAUCAUCCGGCGUACUUUCACCAGGCGCACGUGGAGAUUGGAAUUUUGCGAACGCUUAACAUGACGUGUGGCGAUCGACCGGCGGGGUCGGUGAUCGUAGAGCUCGCAGAUUACUUCAUCUGCCACAACCACUUGUGCCUGGUGUUUGAACUUCUCGGCAUGAACCUGUACGAGCUGCUGCGAAAGAACAAAUUUAAGGGUUUGCAUCUCGGCGCGAUUCGAGGAAUUAUGAAGCAGUUAUUGUCGGCGUUAGAUGUUCUCCGGGAUGCCCACGUCGUACAUUGCGACAUCAAGCCAGAGAACAUUUUGCUUGUCCGAGACAACUCAUUUCAAGUCAAACUCGUCGACUUUGGGAGCGCGUGCUUUCAAAACAGAACCGUGUACCAAUAUAUACAGAGUCGGUUCUACCGCUCACCGGAGGUCUUCUUGGGGAUGCCAUACGGCAUGCCCAUCGAUAUGUGGUCGCUCGGCUGCGUCGCCGCCGAGCUAUUCCUCGGUUUACCCAUAUUUCCGGGAUCGAGCGAGUACGACUUGCUGUGUCGAAUUUGCGAAACCAUGGGUACGCCACCCACCGAAAUGUUAGCCAAGGCACCGAACACGAACAAAUUCUUUACCAGAGUCGACAUCGGAUUCGGAGAAAGCUCUUCGUCGUUGGCGUCGUCGAGUGAAAGCGGGACGUCAAAGUACAAGCUUCUUUCGCUGCGUGAUUUCGAAGCGCGCACGGGACGGCGGGCAGCCAUGGGGAAGAAGUACUUCAAAUACACCGAGUUGGCGGAUAUCAUAGCCAGUAUACCGUAUCAGUCAUCAAAGGUCGAUCCAAACGAUGCGGGUGCGAUAGCGGCGGAGAAGAAGGCACGGGUCAACGAGCGCUCGGCGUUUUACGAUUUGCUCGUGGGAAUGAUGGAGAUCGAUCCGGCAACUCGCUGGACGCCAGCGCAAGCCUUGAAGCAUCCAUUCGUCACGGGCGACGCCUUCGAGGGACCGUUUACGCCGCCGAAGAUUCUGGAGCGAACGACACCGGAAGAGCGCGAAGAGAUACAGCGCCUCGCCGCGAAAGAGGCGGCCAAAGUUUCCUCUGGAGAGCCUCUCAAGAAGAAGAAGAAGCCGCAACCCGUCGAACCGCCGGAAGGGAUCGUACCGCCGACACCGCCGGCCGUGCAACCGGUCGGUGGGUUGGCGGCCGCGUUUGCCGCUGGGUCAUCGCCGACGGCAUCGCCUCAAGACGCUCCUCAGGCGUUCAACAACGCCAUGCUGCAAGCGCAAGCUGCGGCGCACGCGCACGCGGCGGCGACGCUCGCCGCCAUCGGCAUGUCCCCGGGCGGAGUGCCCAUGUCCCCGGGCGGUGGCGUCGGCGGAGGAUACCCGCCGUUCGUCGUCGGUUCCGCGGGCGGCUCGUAUCAGUCGUCGUCCACAUUGCUGUCUAGCUCGUUCAUCGGUUCUCCUCACGCUAUGAAUAGCGCGGCCAUGCAUCCACUACACUUUGGUAUGUCGCCGCCUACGCAACAGCUGUCGAAUAUGGGGUUGUCGACGUCGCAUCAAGUGCGCGCUGCGCAAGCGGCGGCUGCGGUGCACCUUCCUUCCGCAAGUCCGCUUGGUAAGCGAGGAACGACGCUCGCUCGUGGUAUGGCGCCGAACGCGCAGGCUAUGCCGGCAACUUCGUACUCGGGCGCUCCCUCUGGCUUCGGAUGGAGUCCAUUGGCGUCAGCUUCAGCUUCGCGCGAGAACUUGAAGACAUUGCAGCCUGUGCCUGAGUCGCAGUCGCCACCCAUGGCUUCCCCGAGUCCGGAUGGCGAAGUUACCGAGGAAGAUAGAGCCGAAGGAGCGGAUUGGGACCCCACGUUUGACGACGCGCUCGACGACGAAGCGACGGACGAAAACAAUUCUGAGGAGCGUGCCGACGAUGAAGCGAAUCCCGUUCCCGCGAGAGCUUUUCCCGUCAAGGCGAAACAAAUCCUUCCUCCACAGUUCGCGGUAGGGUCAGCACCUACGUUUGUCGCGAGCGGGUUUGGAGUAUCUCCAAACUCUGCUUUCGGCAACAACAAGACGGUUCGCAAGCGAAACGCUGGAAAAGACGCCGCGACGUGA